GUUCGCACAACGCAACGGGUAGAGUUGGAUUUUCCUCCACACACAUAUAUAUAUAUAUAUAUAUAUACUGUUGUUGAUAUAUCGACUUCAUGAUGGAUAUCCGCGGGGCGGUGGACGCUGCAGUUCCCACCAACAUCAUUGCUGCAAAGGCAGCUGAGGUGCGGGCCAAUCAGGUCAACUGGCAGUCCUACCUGCAGAGUCAGAUGAUCUCAGCAGAGGACUGUGAAUUCAUCAAGAAAUUUGAGGUGGCCAACUCUGAGGAGAAAAAGGUCAUUCUUACCAAUGAAGGACAUCAGUGUGCAAAGACCUUCUUGAGCCUGAUGGCCCACAUUUCCAAGGAGCAAACAGUCCAGUACAUCCUGACUCUGAUUGAUGACACUCUGCAGGAGAACCAUCAGCGGGUCAGCCUCUUCUUCGACUAUGCCAAAAAGACGAAGAACACCGCCUGGUCCUACUUCCUUCCAAUGCUGAACCGUCAGGACCUUUUCACUGUCCACAUGGCGGCGAGGAUCAUUGCUAAGCUGGCUGCUUGGGGCCGCGAUCUGAUGGAGGGAAGUGAUCUGAGCUACUACUUCAACUGGAUCAAAAGCCAACUUAGCUCCCAGAACCUACAUGGUACAGGUCAAGAAACAGGAGCAGGAACUAUUUCCCCCAGUGAAAGCUCCCAGUACGUCCAGUGUGUGGCUGGGUGCCUUCAGCUGAUGCUGAGGGUGAAUGAGUACAGGUUUUCCUGGGUGGAGGCUGAUGGUGUCAACUGCAUCACGGCAGUUCUGAGCAACAAGUGUGGCUUCCAGCUCCAGUACCAGAUGGUCUUCUGUGUUUGGCUCCUGGCCUUCAGUCCUCAGCUCUGUGAGCAGUUGAGACGCUACAACGUAGUGCCAGCCCUGUCUGACAUCCUCCAGGAGUCUGUCAAGGAAAAGGUCACUCGCAUCAUCCUCGCUGCCCUCAGGAAUCUUCUGGAGAAGUCAGCGGAGCGGGAGACCCACCAGGAGUACGCCCUGGCCAUGAUUCAGUGCAAGGUGCUGAAGCAACUCGAGAACCUCGAACAGCAGAAGUACGACGACGAGGACAUCAGCGAGGACAUCAAGUUCCUGCUGGAGAAGCUGGGAGAGAGCAUGCAGGAUCUCAGCUCAUUUGAUGAGUACAGCUCUGAACUCAAGUCCGGUCGCCUGGAGUGGAGUCCUGUGCACAAGUCUGAGAAGUUCUGGCGUGAGAACGCCGUCCGCCUGAACGAGAAGAACUACGAGCUCCUCAAGAUCUUGACGAGGCUCUUGGAGGUGUCUGAUGACCCUCAAGUCAUUGCAGUGGCAGCCCACGAUAUUGGAGAGUAUGUGCGGCAUUACCCACGAGGAAAACGGGUGAUUGAGCAGCUGGGUGGAAAACAGCUGGUGAUGAAUCACAUGCACCACGAGGACCAGCUCGUCCGCUACAACGCCCUGUUGGCUGUGCAGAAGCUCAUGGUCCACAACUGGGAGUUCCUGGGACGACAGCUGCAGUCAGGCGACCAGCAGCAGGCCGUGGCCGCCCGCAGCUGAGCGGCUCCCGAGUCUCACUGUGUGGAUGAGUGUGUGUCCCGUCUGUACAUUCGUUCUUUGCGAUUUGUGUGCGUGUAAUGACUUUAAAAUCAAACGCCGUGUUUCCCUUCUCUCCCCCUGCACCCGGAGCGAUCCUCGAUGUUUCUCGGUUCGACCGUCGUGCUGCGUGUCGUGCCCUCUCAGCCAUGUGGCGAUUCGAAGUCUCGCACUUUACGUCUGUGAUAAUGUACAAAACUGCAACUUAUUUAAGUCUUACCUGUAAAACAUUCUAUGUACCCAAAUAAAGAUGCGUAUCUAUGGUGA